CCCUGACAGGCCUUUUAACAAAAUACACCAAAAUUUUGAAUUUCACUUAUUUGGUAUGUAUUCAAACAAAGUUCGCUCUUUUACCAAACUAACAACAAGCUUGAUUCGACUGCCAGAAUUGGUGCCAAAGUAUCAAUUUUCAAGUUUUAAUCGUUAUUAUUCCAAAGCUUGUAAGUACUAUGGUGGCUUUACCGCACCCGUAAGUGAGCGUUCAGAUGCUCAAAAGCAACGCAAGCAAAAACCAAUUAUUGACUGUCAAGGAUCGUUGGUAGAAAAGUGGAAGUAUUUUAAAACACAAUUGACAAACUUUGAGGAUCCAUUAAAGAAAUACGACCAUUUAAUGAGCUUGCGCGAUCAGGAUUUAGAUUUGUAUUACCAUUUCCUGCGCGACUACACAGGAGAGGUUUUGGCCAUUCUCUAUGCAGUUGACGGAGUAAUUCGAAAUUUCGAACGAUUUGAAAUACACCUGCCAAAUAUGCCAACUCUGAUGAAGCAACGUAAAAAACGUCCGGCUAAGCCAUUAGACAUUGCCAAUGCCGUAGAAUAUUUACGUAAGCGCAUCAAUGACCUAAGGAAAGCAAACUCCAAAAAUGAAGGAGGAUCAGGUUCCAAGUCCAAAUCUGAAGAAAAAAUAAAUCCAAUCAAAUGGAUAAAAAAACGCUUUAUGCUAACACCAAAUACAUGCUGUAUGGCAUAUUUGAAGACCAACAACCUCAAGUGAAAGAAGAGUUCGGAAACCUGUUUUACUAUCUGUACUUAAUUCAAUCUGUAUCAAUUAUAUAUUUGAGCUUACCCAAAUAAAAUAAAAAAAAUAUAUUAACUAGA